ACAAAAUGUCUAAAUACUUUAAGAAGGAUAUUGAUUUCGAUGUUGAACAAAAAAGGGAGUCCAUGGAUCGACGCACCUAUGGAUUUAUGAAGACCUUAAGAUCGGAUACUCCACUCCCUUUGGCUCAGAAGAAAAUCGGUUCUUCAACACUGUUGACUAAGCUAAAGAGUUGGCACGAAACCGUCGUUGUAAAUGAUGAAAGCGACUCAGGAUCAACUAAAGAACCGGGUCCUGUAUUUUCUAUUCAGCCAAAGUCUGAUCGAUCAAACGCAAUGACCUUUGAGAUGCAACGAAAACUAUUUGAUAGAGCCGAGUUCACCAUAACACGAGGUCGGAAACUAAGUGGACACAUUCAUCCGACCCAUUCAGGAGUAAAACUGAAUUUCAAAGAUUUAGAAAAGCAAUGUCUGGAAGAUAUGGAGGCUUACUGCCGAAAAAUGAACAUUAAGUUUGUCAAAUGAUCGAUUUCUUAUUUUGUGUACAGA